AUGCCUGUUGCCCUGGGAGGUCCAGUGGGCUACACUCCGCCUGAGGGAGGCUGGGGAUGGAUGGUUGUGGUUGGAGCCUUCAUCUCCAUUGGCUUCUCCUAUGCAUUCCCCAAGUCCAUCACCGUCUUCUUCAAAGAGAUUGAAGUAAUAUUCAAUGUGAGCAGCAGUCAGGUGUCGUGGAUAUCCUCGAUCAUGCUCGCUGUCAUGUAUGGAGGAGGUCCAAUCAGCAGCAUUCUAGUCAAUAAAUAUGGGAGUCGUCCAGUCAUGAUGGCUGGAGGAUGCUUGUCUGGGAUUGGCCUCAUAGCUGCAUCCUUCUGUAAUUCUGUGGAGGCAUUAUACUUCUGCAUUGGCAUUGUGGGAGGCCUGGGACUCGCAUUUAACCUCAACCCUGCCUUAACCAUGAUUGGAAAGUACUUCUACAAGAAACGGCCCAUCGCUAACGGUCUCGCAAUGGCUGGGAGCCCUGUCUUUCUCUCCACUCUAGCUCCUAUGAACACAUGGUUCUUUGACAAGUUUGGAUGGAGAGGAAGCUUCCUGAUUCUGGGUGGUCUCCUCCUAAAUUGUUGCGUUGCUGGAGCUCUCAUGCGCCCAAUUGGACCCAAACCAAAACCAGCCGAAAAGACCAAUGAAAGUGUUACAUGUACCCAGAGAAUGAAUAGCUUCAUUGACUUGUCUCUGUUCAAACAUAGAGGAUUCUUGCUUUACAUCAUGGGCAAUGUCAUCAUGUUCUUCGGCCUCUUCACUCCCCUCGUGUUCCUCAGUAACUACGCAAAGAGCAUCCACAUUCCCAAGGAAAAAGCUGCCUUUUUGCUGUCCACGUUGGCCUUUGUGGACAUGGUGGCUCGGCCCUCGAUGGGACUUGUUGCCAACACAAAAUGGAUCCGUCCACGAGUGCAGUACUUUUUUGCUGCUUCUGUGCUGUACAAUGGAGUGUGUCAUCUCUGUGCUCCCUUAUCCACAGAUUACAAAGGCUUUGUUAUUUAUUCUAUGUUCUUUGGCUUUGCAUUUGGCUGGCUGAGUGCUGUGCUGUUUGAGACCCUCAUGGACCUGGUGGGAACACAGCGGUUCUCCAGUGCAGUGGGGCUGGUCACCAUCAUUGAGUGCGGACCGGUGCUUCUCGGACCCCCUCUUCUUGGGAGGUUCAAAGAUAUCUAUGGCACCUACAACUAUACCUACCAGGCUUGCGGCAUAAUCUUGGUUGUUUCCAGUGUCUUCCUGUUUCUUGGAAUGGGUUACAACUACCAUCUACUGGGGAAAGAGAAAAAAGAGGAGGAACGAUUGGCCAGGGUUGGGGGAAUAGAAAAGAUGAUGGAAAGAGACAGGGGCUUCAGCUUCAAACUCCUGGUUCCUCCGCGGGUCAGUCAGGUUUCUGCUGUCAGACCCCAGGAAAUCAUCGACAACUGCAAAGACUUUUUGACCCCGAUGAAACAGGGUUUUACCAGAUGUUUUGACAAGGAACAGCACAUAACUAGGAGCAUUCUUCCACAAGCCAAAUCAAACGGGCAAGACCAUGUGAAGAUGAAAGUUGUUCCCCCAAUGGAAAAGGAGAAUCACAAUACAGGCCAACUUUAUUCCAAGCUGUUUGAUGAAGUUGAGAAAAUAAAAUGCUGGAAAGUGAAAUCAGACUCUGACUCAGUGCAAAAGGAUAAGAAGCUCUUUGAAAACCAAAGAACCAUAGAAACACAACGCAAAGCCAUUCAAGAAUUGCAGUUUGGCAACGAAAGUCUGAGCAUAAAACUAGAAGAGCAGCUGAGUGAAAAUGAAGAGCUUAGAAACAGAAACAACGCAACACGAAACCUGUGCAAUAUUCUAAAAGACACAUUUGAACGCUCUGUUGAGAAAAUGCAAUUAUUUGAAUGUGAACGGGAGGAAACCCAUCAUCUUUUGCUGGAAUACCAUGAGAUUCUUCAGAAACAUUUGAAAGAUUUUGAAGGUCUACAGAUAAAAGCAGAGGCUGAACGCAAUGAACUGCAUAAAGCUAAAGAUGAGCUAAUCCAGUUUGAAGAUCAACAAAGCAAAUUACAACAAGAAAUUCACAAAAAGGAGGAAGAGAUCGAAGCCCUUCAGACUCAGCUUUGCAACGUUGAGGGCAAUCUGAGAAACAUGUGUUUUGAUCUACAAGAUACUAAAGAACAUUGCCAGAAGCUUCAAGAGGACAUAGAUAAAAAAAAUGACCUCCUCAAAAGUUCAAAUGCUGAACACGAAUCCAUUCUUAUAAAACUGCAGGAAACCGAACAGCGCUAUAAUGAAACCCAGAAAUCAAUGGCAAGAGAGCUGGCAAAAAGAAAGGAAUAUGAAGAAAUGAUCCAAGCCAAAGACGUGAAGUUAGGAGAGCUGACCAGAGAAACAGCACAGCAGGCAGACAGGAUCGUGCAAAUGCAGACGACUGUGGAGGAGCUGCACGAGUCUCUGGAGGCCAAGACACACCAGGCUACUGAAGUGGAGGCCAGAGUAAAGUCUAUCGUCCAAGAAUUUGAAAAAACAAAGAAAGAUCUCGGAGAAUUGACAGAACUCAGUGCACAGAAAGAGGAGCAAAUCGGCAAUCUCACAAAACAACUGGAUGCAACCACCAAGUCUAUGGAGGCCAUAAACUGUAGCAUGGCAGUGGUUUCUGGCAGAGCAGAGGAACUGACGGCUGAACUUUUGAAAAAAACUGAGGAAGCCCAACAACUACAGGAGGCUUGUAAUAACGCAGACAGAAGCUUUACAGAGCUCAAAGCUAAGUCCACACUUGCACAAGAUCAAGUUGAUGAGCUGCAAAGACAUCUGACCAUUGAACAAAACAAAAAUGAGGCGAUGUCUUCUGAAGUGAAGCAGUUAGAAGAAGAGAUUACACACCUGAAAUUUACAUAUGAAAAGCUUUUGCACAACUUCAAUGAGCUGCAGUCUGGAAAGAGCGCACUGGAACUAAAGCUUGAGAGUCGAUACAGUGAUGCUCAAACUGUAGAAGAAAAUAUAAAGAUGAGUGAAGAAAAAGCCUAUUUGCUCACCAACAAAUUGGAAACAGUUGGAAAGGAAAACCAACAAUUAUGUAAGGAACUAGACUCCAUUAAGACGACUCUUCACGACAAAUGUCAACAGAUUGAGGCUUUGAAAAAGAAUCUUAAGGAAAAUGAUGAGCAUUUCCAGGGUGAAAUCUCUAAAAAAGAGAAACGUCUCAAAGUUAUUGAAGCAAAGAAUAAAUCACUUAAAAUACAAAUAGCAAAACAAACCAACGCGUCCAGUGAACUACAGGAUGUGAUCAACAAACUGCAAGAAGAAAAACAGAGUCUGACAACAACACACAAAGUGGAGUAUCAGAAGCUACUUGAAAAUCACCAGAACAAAUUGGCGAUUGUCCAAGAACUGGAGACUGAGGUCCAAAAGCUAAGAUCAGAAACAGAAGAGGCCCUCAAGUGUCGGGAAGAUGCAGAGCUGAAAUGUCAAAACAAGAUCGCUGAUAUGGUCGCUCUCAUGGAGAAACACAAGAACCAGUACGAUCGCAUGGUUGAGGAGAAAGAAGCUGAACUCCAAGCAAAUAAGGAAAAGGAGAUUAUAGCUGCUGCAAAUGGAAAGACAUUGAAGCAGGAGCUAUCAAAACAAAAGAGAGAAAAUGAUUCUUUGAAGAAGGAGAUAAAGGAUCAUAUUAAAGAAAAGGGGAACUUGCAAAAGGAAAUUGUCCACUUACAGAAUGAAAAUAAAAACAUCCAGACACAAAGUGAAAGCAAACAGGUUCCCCUCAGCGAGAACAUACAAACAGAGAAACCCAAAACUCCAGUGGAGAAUCUUUUGAAACUGUACAGAUUUGAUUUUUCCAAGGCGAGAAAAACUCCCUCAACCAGUGAUGAGUGUGCUGCUGUUCUGGGGAAAACUAACACACAGACAUCUGAAGCCACUUCCACGCGGACUUCAUGUCGCACAACCCCAAAGAGCAGGAGCAUCUGCAGUGAAAAUGUGAAAACACCCAAAAGUACUGCAAGUCGAUCAGCAUCAAAGAUCAAAUCUUACAGAAUUCGUACUCCACCCUCAACUGAAAAGAAAUCAUCCUGGGAAAAAGGCACCAUUGAACUCGACCCAAAGUCAGACAGCUCGGGUCAGGGAGACCUCUUGAUUUUUCCGAAUACAGCUUCCUCCAAGUUCAAGAGUCAGAGUCCACUCAGUUUGAAAUCGCCCAAAAGCAACCUAAAGAUUGCAGCAAUGAAAAGAAUGAGGGAUGCAGGUUGGACCGCGGUCACAGGCAAUGACAAAAAAAAGAGGACCAAUGAAAAGAUAUUUGCUUAA